GGCCCUGAGAUCGCGGCGACCCCGCCUCCCGGCCGUGCGCCACCACAGGCGGGGCCGCGCACGCGUGUCACAGCGGGACUAUCUGCAUGCAGAGAUUGAAGCUAAAGCUGACAGGACAACUUCUUUAGCCACCUGGCUUCACUAUCAGAAAAAAAGGACCUUGAAAAUCACCUCUGACCAUGCUGAGAUUUGGGCAGCACCUGAUCAAGCCGUCGGUGGUGUUCCUGAGGACAGAGCUGAGCUUUGCUCUGGUGAACCGCAGGCCGGUGCUGCCAGGACAUGUCCUUGUGUGUCCCCUGCGGCCGGUGGAGCGUUUCCGUGACCUGCGUCCCGAGGAAGUGGCUGAUUUGUUCCGUACGGCGCAAAGGGUCGGCAGCGUGGUGGAGAAACACUUCUGUGGCACCUCUCUCACCUUCUCCAUCCAGGAUGGCCCUGAAGCUGGACAAACAGUGAAGCAUGUUCAUGUCCAUGUGCUGCCAAGGAAGGCUGGAGACUUCAGCAGGAAUGAUGAUGUCUAUGAGGAGCUGCAGCGCCACGACAAAGAUGAUUCCCCUGACAAGUGGAGGACAGAAGAAGAAAUGGCAGCUGAAGCAGAAAUUCUGAAGAAAUAUUUCCAGGAAAAUUAAAGGUAACAAAGUGCUUGGAACACAUCCCACGACACCAGAAAGUCCCCAGAAAGAACAACCUCAUUCUCCAGUUCUCAGUGGCCCUGGAGCUGCAGCUUGACAAUUUUAUUAUAUUCUACAAAUAUGGGAUUCUUCCAUGAAAAAUUUUAUUGGACCUUUGGAUAUCAUCAAGGUUGAAUUCCAGCUAAGACAACUAAACAGCACUGGUUCAAACUAUUGCUCUGAAUUGUAACUCAUAUUUUUCUGAAUUGUCUACUUGGGAAUGAAUCUUUUUAAAUUGUCCCUUGGCCUAAAUAGAAAUAAAGUGCCAGGAAAAUCAGGUAGCUACUAUGUUUAGGUACAUUAUAAAGUGUUUACUCCAUGUUGUGCUCUUUGAUUCAGUUACUGUACGUAGGCUAUUUUAUCAUAGAAAAAUUAGAUUUUUUAGCAGUGUGGCAAUUCAUACAAACCCAGACUUUGUUACAGACUAGCCAAGAUAAACUUGGAAAGCUGCUUUUUCUUCAGGUGAGUUCUAUACCAAGAAAUAUUAAGCUUCCUGAGAUCUUUUUUUCUCUGUUCUUUUAAUGCAUUAUGAAAAGGCCUCUGGAGUUUUAAGGGAUACAAAACACUUCUGUAAAACAAUUAAUAUGGGAAGUUGCUCAUGGGAUAGUAAUCACAUUAGGAUUAGGCUGGCAGGAAUGGCUGCUCCCAGCCACAAACAACACAUGGAGCAAUCCCUGGGCAAGAAAUGCUGCGCUCAGAACCCUGCACAGGAAGAAACCCACUGUGGGUUAGUUGUUGAUUGCAGGAAAAGAAGUCAAACAACAGAUGGAAGAGAGAAGAAAUGAGUCUGUAAGAUGUGCAUGAAAAGAGCGCCCAUAAUCCUCCUCUGGAAAUGCAGGGAAGCAAAAAACAAAAGCUUUCUGUGUCCCACAAAGUCAGGAUGAAAACAAAAUGCCCCCAAAUCUUUCAGUAAGAAUCAUGCUGAGGGAGGCCAUGGGUGCAGAGCCUGCCAGAGGAACUGAGGAGGUCAGGCAGGUCCCAGCCAGAGCCUGGUGGAGCUCUGCCUGCCUGGCAGCACAGUGUGAUCAUGUUCAGAACAAAUUCAGCUGCUCCAUGAUGGUCUGUCCUGGAGGGUUACAGCCUGACCUGAGCACUAUGACAAUGCACAAUGGAUGAGUUCUCACCAUUUUCACCAAGUCUCUCUCUGCUCUCUACUGCAGAGCCAUGCAGUCCAUUGGCUUGAAGUCUUUAUGCUUGUCAAAUUUAAAUAGAAAUACUACAGCAA